AUGGAUACUUUAUUUUUUAAAAUAUUUAGAAAUAUGUUUUUAUUUAAAAAAAUUUUUAGUUAUGUAAAGAAUAGUAGAUUUGGGUUUACAUCAUUAAAGAGAAAACCAAUAUCAGUUAUUUUAAAAGAUAAAAAAUUAUUAAGUCAAUAUUAUCAAUCAUAUGUUUACAAUAAAUCAAUUACCAAUGAAAAUAGUAUUAAAAAUGAAUAUGAUAGUAUUUUAUAUUUUAUGAUUGAAGAUGCAAGUACAAUAACAUAUGAAAUGUUUAAAACUUUAUAUUGUGAUAACUUGGAUUAUUAUGAAAAUAAGACAGAAAGAUUAAUGAAAUGGUAUUUUUUAUUUUCAGAUGAUAUUAAAAUUAUUCAAUAUUUAAUUGAACAACGUUCAUUAAAAAUAUUUAUUCUUUCAAAUAUAAUAGAUGAAAAAAAAUAUAUGACAAAUUUAGAAUCUUAUAUUUUAUUUUUAAGUAAAAAUAAAAUAUAUAAUUCAAUUUCUUCUUCUUCCUCCUCUUCCUCUUCUUCUUCCUCUAAUUUUAAUCCAUCCUCUUCUACCUCUACUUUUAAUUUAAACUCAAACUCAUCAACUAGAUUAGAAACAUUAAAUUAUUUAAUUGAAACUUUUAAAAAAGAAACUAACAAAUCAAUAAAUAAAGAAAUAGAAUUAUCACAUGAAGUACUAUUACAAAGUUUAGAUUCUACAUGUGAAAUUGAAUACCAUGAAAGAUUAUUUAAAUUAUGUUUAAAUGAUUUAAAAAGAUCAGAAAUUAAUAUUGCAAGACUUUUAGGAAAAUUAAUUAAAACUGGUAAUUUAGAGAUGACAGAAUUAUAUAUUAAAGAAUUUAAAAAUUUUCAAUGUACUAAUGAAAAGGAAAUUGAAAAUUUUUCAAUUAUAACUUCAAAUAAUUCUAUACUUAGUGAUGGUGUAUUAGAUAUAAUUUAUAAAUCUUUAAAAAAUUCAAUUUCAGUAUUUAUUAAAUUGGUUAAAAAUAAUAAUAUUAGAUUUAAUGAAUUCGAACAAAUUAAUAAAUUCUUUUAUUUAAAUCAAUUAUCUAUUGAAUAUUACUAUCAAGUUAUUGAAUAUUGUGAUGAAAAGGGAUUACCAAAAAGACUUGAUGCAGAAUCUUCACAAAUUAAAAAAAUUGCAAAUUUAAAAAGUUUAAUCUAUUUAAUUGAAAAUAAAAAUUCAUUCACUCCAAAUUUAUCAUUUGAUAGAGGAUAUUUAUUAUUGUAUACUACCAAAAUAUCAAAGGAUUUUGAUACAUUUAAAUUUAUUGUAGAUCCAAAAAAUCAAUCCCAUUUUAAAGGAAAAGGAAUUAUAAAUUUAAAUUCUAGUUAUCAAAUUGUUAAAUACUCUUUAGAACAUUUAUCAAAUAUUUAUCUUGAAAAUAUAGAUGGUCGUAUUCAAUUUUUAGAUGUUUAUUUAACAAACUCUUAUUGUGAUGAUAAAGAAUUUGUAAAAUAUAUAAUUCAAAAAAGAAUUGAAAAUCCAGAUACACUCUCACCAAUUCAAUUAACCUAUAGGUCAUUAGAUAGAGUUUGUUUAAAUGGACAAACUGAACUUGCUAAAUUAUUCAUAGAAAAUGAACCAACUUUAAAAAUUGGUAUUUCCAGAGAUGCAAUUAAUAAUGCUAUAAAAUCUGGUAAUUUAGAAACUGUUGAAUUGCUUAAAAAUGUUAAAAUAACAAAAUAUGGUGAAUUAAAAGUAAUUCAAGAAUCUUCAAUAGAAUAUAUAACUGAUAAUUAUAGAAAUGAUAUAUUUGAUUCAUUAUUAAAUAGUAGUUAUUCAAAGAUUUUAAAAGAUAAAAUUUUUUCAAUGAAUAUAAUAAUACCUGAAAAUAUUUUUAAAAUUUUAAAUAAAUAA